AUGGAAGCCCCUGAAUUCAAAAGAUGUUGUUUUUGCUUACCCUUGAGAAGAGGACUGAUUGCUUGGGGAUAUGCUAAAGUGGGACUCGACAUGCUGAUGUUAGCAUACACAUCAUUGAUGUUUUAUUUUUUGGUUCUAUUUAGUUUAAGAUUUGUUUCUACCGAUCUGGUGAUAUACAUAUUUAUUAGCGCUUGCUCACUAAUCGAUAUAUUGUUCAAUAUUGUCUUCAUCGUGGCUGGACAUAAGAAAAGUAUUAAGUUGCUGAAGGUGUCAUACGUGUACAACAUGGUAUGGUUGGGUUUGUUGGCGUUAGGAACCUGCUUCAUACUAUAUUCAGAUAUCGAUUUCAUACAAAAAAUAUGGUCAUACAUCGAAGACCACAGAUACAUAAUAUUAGAAGUGCUUGCAGGAUCUGGACUCGGGAUCAGCCUUAUAUGUACGUAUGGCGAAAUUGGAAAGCUAGAGGAUCAGACACUAGAAAUGCAGUUCACAAAUCACGCAGCCUCAGAAGAACCGCUGUGCACACUUCAGGACGUAUCUGACAGAAACCAGUGCACAGACAAGAAACAAAUCGUGCAAACAGUUUGCACGGACGAGAAAUAA